GGCGGAGAGGGAGGCGGAGCGGGAGGUCUGGGAUCCUGCCCAGUUACGCGAGCGCUCCAGCCGCCGCAGCAGCUCUUCUGCUUUCGGAGAGCCGCCGUGUCCAAAGCCUUAACUCCAGCGAUGGCCUUUGCCAAUCUGCGGAAAGUGCUUAUCAGUGACAGCCUGGACCCUUGCUGUCGCAAGAUCCUGCAAGAUGGAGGUCUACAGGUGGUGGAGAAGCAGAAUCUCAGCAAAGAGGAGCUGAUAGCCGAGCUGCAGGACUGUGAAGGCCUCAUCGUCCGCUCUGCCACCAAGGUGACGGCAGAGGUCAUCAAUGCGGCUGAAAAGCUCCAGGUGGUAGGCAGAGCUGGCACUGGAGUAGACAACGUGGAUCUGGAGGCUGCCACCAGGAAAGGAGUGCUGGUCAUGAACACCCCCAAUGGGAACAGCCUCAGUGCCGCAGAGCUGACCUGUGGCAUGAUCAUGUGCCUGGCCAGGCAGAUUCCCCAGGCGACAGCUUCCAUGAAGGGCGGCAAAUGGGAGCGAAAGAAGUUCAUGGGAACAGAGCUGAAUGGGAAGACGCUGGGGAUUCUAGGCCUGGGAAGGAUCGGACGGGAGGUGGCCACCCGGAUGCAAGCCUUUGGGAUGAAGACUAUAGGAUAUGACCCCAUCAUUUCUCCAGAUGUCUCAGCCUCCUUCGGUGUUCAGCAGCUGUCCCUUGAAGAGAUCUGGCCUCUGUGUGACUUCAUCACGGUGCACACCCCUCUUUUGCCCUCUACCAUAGGCUUGCUGAAUGACAGCACCUUUGCCCAGUGCAAGAAAGGGGUGCGGGUGGUGAACUGCGCCCGGGGAGGGAUCGUGGAUGAAGGUGCUCUGCUCCGGGCCCUGCAGUCUGGUCAGUGUGCUGGUGCGGCACUGGACGUGUUCACGGAAGAACCACCACGAGACCGAGCCUUGGUGGACCAUGAGAACGUCAUCAGCUGCCCGCACCUGGGUGCUAGCACCAAAGAGGCCCAGAGCCGCUGUGGGGAGGAAAUCGCCAUCCAGUUUGUGGACAUGGUGAAGGGAAAGUCUCUAGCGGGGGUGGUAAAUGCACAGGCCCUUACCAGCGCCUUCUCUCCACACACCAAGCCUUGGAUUGGCCUGGCAGAAGCUCUGGGGACCCUUAUGCGUGCCUGGGCUGGAUCCCCAAAAGGGACCAUCCAGGUGAUAACACAGGGAACACCCCUGAAGAAUGCUGGAAACUGCCUAAGCCCCGCCGUCAUGGUCGGUCUCCUGAAAGAAGCUUCCAAGCAGACGGACGUGAACUUAGUCAAUGCCAAGCUGUUGGUCAACGAGGCUGGCCUCACGGUCACCACCUCCCACAACUCCUCUACUGCAGGGGAGCAAGGCAGUGACUGCAUGUUGACUGUGGCCCUGGUAGGUGCCCCCUACCAGGCUGUGGGCUCUGUCCAGGGCACCACACCUGUGCUGCAGGCACUCAAUGGAGCUGUCUUUCGGCCAGAAGUGCCUCUCCGCCGGGGAUUGCCCCUGCUCAUGUUCCAGGCCCGGCCCUCCAGCCCAGCCCUGCUGCCUACCAUGAUCGGACUCCUGGCGGAGGCUGGCGUACAGCUGCUGUCUUACCAGACCUCGAUGGUGUCGGAUGGCGAGACUUGGCAUGUCAUGGGCAUCUCCUCCCUGCUUCCCAGCCUGGAGGCAUGGAAGCAGCAUGUGACCCAGGCCUUCCAGUUCCUCUUCUAGACCUGGGCAGAUGGUCCCAACCUCUCUGCUGACCCUGUAGGACCCCAGGAACAACCAGCUAAUAAAAAGCCUG